AUGUCGCAGUUUGAGCAGCAGCAGAUCCCUGCAGCUGGGCAGCAUUACAGCGCCCAGAACCGUGUGCCUAAUGUUCGCCAGUUCAUGGACCAGUUGGAUCAGAACAAGAAGGCCCGUGAUGCUGAGAUUGACGAGCAACUGAAGCAGAACAAGGUCCACGGAGAGACAAAGGAUCACAAAAAUGAUCGAGCUGAAGCUCUUCGGAAACAAAAGGAUAUCCGCACCGUGCGUGAUCCUGUGACGGGAAAGGAUGUUGGCAUUCGAGAUGCCGACAUUGAUUACAAGGAAGCUGUCGAGAAUCCCCAGCUAUCAAUUCCCAACGAGAACUUGGGAAAGCCUGCCACCAUCGCAACCUCGUCGAAACAGUCUGGUGAAGAGUACCGCUACGCCCAAGAUGUCACAGCACCUCCUGAUCCCGUCCAAGAGGGUGCAACAUCAGAUGUCCCCAUUCGAAGUGAGAAGACAUCCGUGGUGUUCUACAAGACUCCUUCAGUUAGCUACGAACCAAUGUUCGAGAUUCUCGAGCAACGUAGCAACGUCUUGUGUAUCGGAAUCUUUGCCGCCAUCGUCUUUAUUGGAAAAAUGUUUGGCGGCCGUCUGCUCGGUCUUAUUCCCCUGGGUUUCUGCGUAGCUUCUGGUGUUUUCCUCUGGACAAAAGACUUGAUUCGUCAGGGUAGAGAUCUCGAAUGGUCAAGCGAGCAAGAACGUGGCGAGACUGCCACCGCAAACCUGAUCCCUGAGUCCGUUGAAUGGAUGAACACCAUGCUCGGAAUCAUGUGGGGGCUGAUCAACCCUGAGAUGUUCGCUGGCGUUGCCGAUACUCUAGAAGAUGUUAUGGCGGCCUCAGUUCCUGGUGUCAUUGAGAACGUUCGCGUUGCAGAUAUCUCCCAGGGUAACAACCCCAUUCGAAUCCUCAACAUGCGUGCUCUUCCCGACUCUCAUGUCCAAGACAUCAAGGAUGAGCAGCACCGACAGAACGAGAAGACCACUGACCCCGAAGAGCUCGCGGCCAACGAGCAAGCUGGCUCGUUCUACAACCUCGAGGUUGCGAUCGCCUAUCAUGCGAAGCCCUCUGGGGCGGAUAUCGCAUCCAAAGCGCGCAACAUGGGUAUGCAGCUUGUUUUCUACCUGGGUAUCAAGGGUCUCUUCGGUGUUCCUUUGCCCAUCUGGGUUGAACUUCAAGGCCUUGUUGCGACCGCGCGAAUUCGACUCCAAUUGACUCCUGAUCCCCCUUUCCUCAAGACUCUCACUUUUACGCUUAUGGGUAUCCCUAAGGUUCAGGCUGGUUGUACACCAAUGAUCGAGAAGGGCGUCAACAUUCUCAAUCUUCCUCUCAUCUCCAACUUUGUCAACUGGGCCAUUGGCGCUGCCGCGUCGAUGUACGUGGCUCCCAAGAGUCUGUCUCUUGAUCUUAGCAAGAUGCUCCAGGGUGACGAUAUCAAGAAGGAGACAUUGGCUCUCGGUGUCAUGUUUGUUCGAAUCCACAAGGCUACCGGCCUCAGCAAGCAGGAUCAGCGUGGAAGCAAGGGUGGUGGUUCCGAUCCUUACAUCACCAUCAGCUGGAGCAAGUUUUCCAAGCCCCAAUUCUGCACUCGUGUUAUCCAGGACGAUCUCAACCCCGUUUUCGAGGAGAGCGCUGGCCUUUUGGUUACUGCUGAUCUUCUCAAGGCUGACGAGCAACUUUCGGUUGAGCUUUGGGACAGUGACCGAUCAUCUGCUGACGAUGUCGUUGGCAAGGUUGAACUCAGCAUUCAGAAACUAAUUCAGCACCCCGGCAAGAUGUUCCCCCAAGUUUCUAAGCUUCGGGGAGUCAAGGCAGACAGCGAAAUGCCCGGAGAGCUCCACUGGGAAGUCGGUUUCUUUGGCAAGACCCAAUUCCGAAAGGCUCUCCGAACCGAUGGUCGGGACCUCAAUCUACCCAAGGCGCUCGCGGACAAGCCUGAGCUUCAAGAGAACAAGGGCUCGAUCGACACCAAGGAGGAAGAUGCCGUCAUUCACACCCCUCCUGACCCAUUGUGGCCUUCCGGUAUCCUUAGCAUCGUCGUCCACCAGAUUGUUGGCCUCGAAUUGGAAAACAUCAAGGGUUCAAAUGGCAAGCGAAAGGGUAGAGAGUAUGAGCCAGCUCGUCCCGAAGCCGGUGAAGUCAAGGAAGAACAGGCCAAGUCCCUCCCCAGCUCUUACUGCACCAUCCUUCUCAACGACGAUCUUGUUUACAAGACCCGAACAAAGGUCGUUUCUUCUCAGCCCAUUUUCAAUGCUGGAACCGAAAAGUUCAUUCGAGACUGGCGUUCUGCUAUCGUUACCGUUGCAGUCCGUGACUCCCGCAACCGCCAACAUGACCCUCUCAUUGGUGUUGUCCCUCUCAAGAUCACGGAUAUCCUUCAAACCAGCAGCGAGUCUACCAGAUGGUACCCUCUCGACGGAGGCAUCGGAUUUGGCCGCAUUCGUAUCUCUUUAUUGUUCCGUUCAGUUGAGCUUCGACUUCCUCCUCCUCAGUUGGGUUGGGACAUUGGUACUUUCGAGUUCGUGUCCGACUCCAUUACCACCACUGGCUAUGCUCCUUCGAACCACGCCAAGAUUCGCUUCCGUACUGGAGGCUCGUCUGCCAGUGUUGGCAAGAGCUCAUCCACUCGUGAGGCCGAUGGAAUGUCAUUCAACAUCAGUGGUGCCGACGGAAACCAACGUGUUCGCCUGCCAGUUCGACACCGCUACAGGUCACCCAUCUUCAUGGAAUUCUACCCAAGUGGAAAGCGAAACCCCGAUGCCUAUGCCGUUCUCUGGCUCCUGGAGCUUGUUGAUGGUGAGGAGACUGACUUUGACAUCCCUGUUUGGAAGUGCAACCACAGCGUACGACUUUCUCAGAACUACAUUACUGAAGAAAAUUACAAGUCUGUUCCCGAUAUCGAGAUGGAGCAGGUUGGUCGAGUUCGAUUCCGAGCCCGAUUUUCUGCUGGAACGGAUUCCGACCACAUCAAGUUUGCCAGCACAAACGACGACCGUGAGACGAUCGAGGUUUGGGAAGCAUGCUACGCAGAGGGUGUGCGUCAGCAGGAUGUUGAGACCGAGGUUCCUCCUGUGAUCCAGAAACUUCACGAAGAGUCUCUGACCCACGGCCGUGACGUUCUCGCCCAAGCCGACGAGAAACAGAAGCAGAAGUGGCUUGCCAAGGAUGGCACCGAUUGGAGCGGUGCCUUUGGUGAAGAUCCCUCUGCGUUGAUGCGCAAGAAGACCAACAGCGAGUCUAGCGAGGAAUACGACGACUUUGAUGAAGAUGACUCCGAUCCUGAUCUUGGUAUUCAAGAUGCCGACACUGAGCCUACAGAGCCCUCUGAGAACGGGCGCCCUUCCGUUGAUACAACAGGCACUAACGCGACGAGUGCCACGAACAGUUCCCAGGCCAGCUCCAGCAGCAAGAACCCCAUCAAGAAGAUCAAGUCAUACCGAUCUGAUAGUCGCGACAUGCAUCGCAAACAUCGAGGUCUUAUGCAAUGGCGACCCAUGCGCAACAUGCAGUUUGCCAAGGAUGAAGCCAAGUUUGCAGUUCGAAAGGUGGCUAAGCUUGGAGCCCUGGACGGCCGAAAGCCUGACGUCGAGACUGAGGUUUAA